AUGUCACCGAGAUACUCUAGUGUUGCUGUCAUUGGUGCUGGUCCGUCUGGAAUCUCUGCCAUAAAGGCCCUUUCUGAAGAGAACGCCUUCCAAAACAUUCGCUUAUUUGAGCGAAGAGAAAGAGUCGGAGGUACAUGGCUCUACGAUGAGGAUCCUGAGCCUUUCUCGCCUUCUCCGAAUCAACCCCAGUAUGAGCCACCAGCGGAGCUACCCUCGUCUGCAUCGCCGCUUCCAGAGAACCUUACUGCGCGCACUGGGAUAUACCCAGCUUUGGAUAGUAAUGUCGGUGCAGAAGUCAUGUCAUUCACAUACAAACCUUUCCCGAUUGACAACUCUGCUGCUUCGAUCCAUCGUCUGGGCCAAAAGAAUCCCACGAAGCCGUGGCAGACAGUUGCAGGGUACCUUGAAGAGAUAGCAGAACCAUACACACAUUUAAUUUCGCUCAAUACGCAUGUUGAAAGUGCGCGAAAAUUGGGAGCCAAAUGGGUUGUAACAUUACGGAAGACUGGUCACGAUCUGAAAGGUGAAAAGAAGGACUUCUGGUGGCAAGAGUCAUUCGACGCGAUCAUAGCAGCGACAGGGCAUUAUAGUGUCCCACAGAUACCAAAUAUUUCGGGUCUGUCAGAGACGUCAAAGGCUCUACCCCAUUACUUUGAGCACUCAAAAGCUUACAGGUUACCAGACCAUUAUGUCAACAAGAAAGUCGUCGUUGUUGGCGGCAACGUGUCCGCAUCAGACACCGUAACCGAGCUCCACAAUAUCGUCUCAGGCCCACUCUACGUCUCUCAGCGUGGGCGAAACGAAGCUUUGGAUGGUGCCUGGAAUCUCCCUAACGUGCUUCUCAAGCCCCAAAUCAAGCAUAUUUCUCCCAGCUCCACCUCCGGUGUCCUGGUUCGCUUUGCAGACGGAACUGAAGUCGACAACGUUGAUAAGGUACAUUUCGCUACAGGAUACCGCCUCUCGUACCCGUUCUUGUACCCAAAUCCAGUCGCUCCGAGCGGUCGCUUGACUGGCUUCUACCAGCAUGUGUUCAAUAUCGCAGACCCUUCACUGGCCGUGGUGGGACAAGUCAAAGCAGCGAUCUCUUUUCGUGUGUAUGAGUAUCAAGCUGUUGCUGUGGCGCGUUAUUUUGCAGGACGUGGUGGCGGUCUUCCCCCGCCUACAGAGCAAGAUGACUGGGCGGUGAAACGACUGCAGUACAAGGGACCAACAUCCCUCUUCCAUGAGAUCAAGCCUGACUUCGGCGAGUAUUUUGAAUUCUUGAGAACGGUGGCUGGGAAGGAAGGCGGAGAGUUGCCCGAGUGGCAGGAUGAGUGGGCACUUAAGGGUUUCGCGGUGUUACAAUUGAAGGCUGAAUGGUGGAAAAAGCUCAAGGAGGAUGAAGAC